AUGCCGCUCAUCCUGGAUAACCCGAUGCCAGUGGAACUUAACGAUGUAGAUGACCUUUUUGGCGAUGGCGUUGGUCUGUCUUUGCCCGCGAGGGCGCAGAGUAAACAGCUUCAACAAAGAAUGGACGAUAUCCGGAUUCGAGGAUGUUGCCAAACUGUGGCGUGGUCAAGGACAGGCUCAAUCGCCAACAUCACACCUGAUGGUCAGAACCUUGAACUUCGCUUUCUGCGACGUUCCCCAGGUGAUGGCUCCUGGGAUCUCAGUGAGCCCACCACGUGCCCCUUUGUCAAAGGGCUCCCAACCAUUCCCAUCGUUCACUUGGUAUGGGCUGGUACUAGCAGCCCAGAUCUAGCAGUAAUAGAUGCCGUUGGUCGCGUCUCUAUCGUCAGCUUCUCGAUCUCACUAAAUCACCCGUUCCCUCAACGGAAAUGGGACGCUGACCCCACUGACGAUGUGCACACUGUCGUCGGUACUUAUUGGCUUAAUGUUUCUCCUCCAAAUCAGCAGGCAUCAUACAAUGUCAUGUAUGGGCCAGCUACAAAACAUGGCAAUGGGUAUACAUAUGAAAGCUCAUUCGUUCAUGCCGGAGGACCAACUCAUCCCAGCCCUGCCAAGAGUGCUCUACUUACUAUCACAACGCAUGGUGUUAUUAGGAUGUUUUGGUCGCAGAAUACUAAUCGACUUGAGGAAACCACCAUGGAACUUGAAAGUAUAAGUGCUUCUGAUGAGCUCAUUACACAUGCAUCGUUUGCAUCCGAAAAGAAACAUCUCCUUCUUGCGGUUGCUACAACCUCAAAGCAGCUGAAACUAAUCAGAAUCGAGAUUCAAUGGGGCCAGGCAUCACAAGCGGACAAGGCGACUGGCCGACCCGCAGGGAACUUGAGCCCUUCCCUGGUUGAGAAACAUCUGGCCACUACAAACUGGCUUCAGGGUGGCCCUGGUGAUUCGAGCCUCGACAUAUCCAUGAUCGAGCUCUCUCACUUGGAGGUUAUUCCGUCUUUGGUUGACAGCACGGGCAAGAACACCACACCGCCCUUGGUUGUCACUACACGGUCACGCACUCCUACUGAGAGCUCGUAUCAGGGGAGUCAGAGUGUUGUUGAUCGAUGGGAAGCUAUCGAGCAAAAGCAGAAUCUGCCAUCGGCCUAUGAACAGCUUGGAGGUCGACGAAACAGCAUCUCUUCAGAGCUACCCGCGGUGACACAGCUGCAGAAGGUUGCUCCCGUCACGGCUAAUAAGGUUGUGGUUGCGUUCCAAACCACUAGUUUUGGGAAAAUUCUAGUACUGGCUUUCGCAGACGGCACUGUUGAAUACCGUGACCGACUGACGUUCGAGGAACUAUAUACAACCCAAGAGUUGAAUAAGUUGGGCGAAGAUGGAAAGAUCAAGUGGAACAAAUUACAUUACCCUGGGGGCGACAUUGGAAACUCUAUGCAUGAUGCUCAAUACUGUGGCAGCAUUGCGGCCUUGACAGUGACCGCAGCACCGUCAAUGUUCUACCAGAACAAUUACGAUGAUUUACUUGCUAUCGUACGACCAUAUACUACCAAAAAAAGAUUCGUCCAGGAUUUGGUGACCGAACUUAUCAGAAUUCUGAAGAUCCAGAUCGAUUACUCUGAAGAGAUCCAUCAUGACUCACUUGUCAGAAAUGGAUCUCUGCAGUACUGCCUCAGUAUAAUGAACGCGCUCGGAUUCCGUGGAAACUUUCACCCCCGAUCUUUCCAGGGGAAAUUCUCGAUGCUGUUUCUCAAUGUGCGGAACGUAGUCGUGCUCAUCACAAUUGCCAGUAAUACACCAGUUACUGUGAGGGAAAAGCUGAGCCCCCUCGAUGAUCCUGAAGUCAUUGAGACACUUGUCGGCUGUGCCAAGUGGGCGCUAGAUCUAAUCGCUUGGCUCAUGGAUUGUCUUUUCGAGCUUAUGAAUGACAAUCAUUUCCAAGAGCUCUUGACUCGCGAACGUUUCCAUGAACUUGCUCCUUAUCUUCACGAGAAGAACAAUGUCGCUUUCCAUUUCUUGAUGAGCUCCUCUAGCCGAGGGUUUCUUUCGGCGAUUUGCCGCAGACUGGCGCACCUUGAGGCCCUAAGCGGCAGGGCCAUCGAAUUCUAUCGAAAACAAUCGGCUGUUGUUGAGGGUGUGGCCGGCGGCCGAGCAGCCCCACAACUACAACAGGCAUACCAGGCAAUGCAGCAAGUUACCUCUUCAGCUCUCGUCAAAGUGUCUGAGGUCGAGACUCUUCUCACAAGUCUGAGUAAUGAGAUCCGACAAGCCUAUCAAAUCUUCCUUCCAUCCCUCGCCAAAAGCCAAAAUAGCCAGGCGCAAGGGAAGCAGCUGGAUAUGACGAUGAAGGCAGCCCGCGUUCAGAUGGAGCUCUCUAUUCUCCUCUCAGCUGCGCCCCCUGCACCGUUUCUCCAGAUCAUUAAGAAGUUCUUCAACACAGACUUGCCCGCGUUUCGGAACACUAUAGAUUCAGGCCGGUUGUUCUUUGCAAAUUACGAUCUUCUCGAAGUCGAGGAUGACGAACAUAGCCUGGCGGCGAAGAAGGCACACGGCAUGGUGUAUGUGGACGUGUUCAAGCGCAUGCAGAUCAGACCCUCCUCGAAUAAGCAGUGGAGACGGUGCUCAAGAUGUACUGCGGUUAUGGAGGAUGUGUUUGGGAGUCGUUCUGGGUUUACAUUUGUUCUGGGUCAACAACGUAAGUGUUCUUGUGGAGGACAGUGGACGUUGCUUCCCAAGGGACACGUUGCGUGA